GCCCCCAAGUCAUGGAUGCUAGAUAAGCUUGGGGGUGUGUUUGCUCCCAGGCCUUCAGGUCCCCACAAAUUGCGUGAGUGUCUUCCUUUGGUUCUUCUCCUGCGUAACCGUCUGAAGUAUGCCUUGACCAAUACAGAAGUGACCAAGAUUACUAUGCAGCGCCUUAUUCGCAUUGAUGGCAAGAUUCGGACUGAUAAGAACUUUCCCACUGGGUUUAUGGAUGUUGUGAGCAUUGCCAAGACUGGAGAGUACUUUCGCAUUUUGUAUGACGUGAAGGGGCGCUUCAUUGCACAUAGAAUCACAGAUGAGGAGGCAAAGUACAAGCUGUGUAGGGUUAAGAAGAUAUCUGUUGGACCCAAAGGUGUACCUUUCCUUGUCACAACUGAUGGCCGUACCUUGCGCUAUCCUGACCCUCUUGUCAAAGUUAAUGACUCUAUCCUCUUUGACAUCGAGAAGAAAAAGAUGAAGGAUUUCAUCAAGUUUGAUUCUGGGAACCUUUGCAUGAUCACUGGAGGACGUAACUUGGGUCGUGUUGGUACCAUUGUGUCUAGAGAGCGUCAUCCUGGAAGUUUUGAUAUUGUUCAUGUCAAGGAUGCUGUAGGACACAUAUUUGCCACCAGAUUGAACAAUGUGUUCAUCAUUGGAAAGGGCAACAAGGCCUACAUAUCUCUACCCCGUGGUAAGGGUAUCAAACUAAGCAUCGCCGAAGAGCGUGAUCGCAGGCUGGCUCAGAAAGUCAAUUAAAAAAUAAACCAUUGUAAUGGAUACUUUAA